AUGAACAUUCUUUCGUGGAGAAAGAAGAAUGCGACUCAUGGCUCAACCACUACCUUGAACAAUGAAAACCAUAAGGAUGCACUAUUCAGGGACGAAAACCUUCGAUCCGUCGAGAAACUGACCGGUCAUAUGGAUCAAAAUCCUCGGAUACUCGAAAGUCAGUUCGGUGAGAGUUUCACACAGCGAAACAGCUUGCUGCAAAGUUUGACUGGCCCUAAACUUCUUGGUAUUGGGCCUCCAGAUAUGGUACACGUUACAAAGCUCGACAAAUUCCGGCAAAUGGAAAUUGGUGAAUACCACUACUUGACGGGGCUCGAUACGUCCUCUGAAGCCGCACCAAUCGCGUAUCUGAAUGCCCUGAAAAUGAAUGAUGGACGGCAGACGGCAACACCUCCUAGUGCUUCAAGUUCCAAAAACGGGCACAGAGUUAUGACUUAUUGCACAACAAAUGUGUUCAGCAACAUCGAUAUUAGAAUUAGGUACGAAUCGCCAACACAUUUUCAAGUCGCGGCGAUUGACGCUCAAUCGGGUUCCUCAAAUGUCCAGCUCUCACCUCAACUUUGGGAAGAGGCAUUCGUUAGCAGUUUUGUACGCGCUGUGAUAAUCAAUAUCAAUCAAGAACGCAAGCUCCCGGGGCUUGUGGAGCUUUCCAUAGCGCUGGAAAAUGGGGGUUUCUAUGCUGAAAAAUGCGUUACUUUGCUCUGUAAAUUCUUGCCGCGAGGCCAAGAAUUGGGUUGCGAUUUAGCCCGACGCAGCUAUACCUCUUACAAAAACAAUUACUUGCUCGAGUCAUUGUUGGCAUUCCUGCAGAUAGCGGGGAAACUUAACGGAUCGGUUAUUCAAACAUUACAGAAACUAAUAGAAUCAGAUGCUGCCAAUGAACAAUGUUACAGGAUAGCGCUAAUUUCAGUACUGAUCAGUAGCGAAUCCCAUGACGCACUAGCAGUCAAGACCAUAAAGGAUUCCAUGUCGAAAUUGUUCGCGACCAACGCUUCGAAAUUGGAACAAAAUCAACUCACCUAUGUCGCUGACCUUUUCAAUUUGCAGAUCGAGUUCCUUCUCUCCAAGGGUGACUAUCAACUGGCGCUGCCACUGGCUAAAAGGUCUACCGCGGUCUGUUCCGAUAACAUAGAAGGAUGGGUCAAACUGGCAAGAUGCUACGUCUUGUCACAGGACUAUGAAAAUGCUCUCUUAGCAGUUAAUGCUUUGCCGAUAUUGCCAUCCUUGGACCCGUCUCAAGAGGCCCUUUGGCAGAGGCUUAUUGGAAACAAGUUUUACUACUCCAAGCCCCUUGGCGCGGGUCCGCGUUCGUUUCUACAGUCGAGCGAGUACAAUUUUCUCUCCAACACUUUGAAGACUGUGAAGGAUGACGAUUUGAGUUCUAUGAUAUAUGGGCGGAUUGUAAUGCCGCCCCAAAUGAACCGCGGCUGCAUUAGUGAGAUUUGGAAUGGGCCUUGCACUGCAUUGGGACCAAUUUACGGCCCACAGAGUAAAAACCUCAUAAACUUUGUAUCUCCGCAGGAGGUGGCAUCAUUAGAGGAUUCAGACUUACUGCGAAGAAACACGAUGGCUUCCCAGCUCAGCAGCUCGUUGACGUACGCAUAUGAAAUUCUUAUGAGCAUGGUGUCCGAAAUUGGGUGGAAUAGGUUGUUGGAGCUCCGUUCCGAAAUCUUUGUUAUGGAGCGGGAGCGCUCUGAAGAAUUUACACCGGUGCUCCAGCCCGAGUUCAAGACGAAACGUCUGUGUGAAAAGUGGCUGGAUGACCUUUUCUUGGGCCUUUACGAGGACCUCAAGAUCACCUACAACGCUCACGAACAUCGUGAAGAGAUGUACAGCGGCCUUGAGUGGGAGCUUCUGGGACUGACCCAUCUACGUACCUGGAACUGGGCCGAUGGCGUGCCCUGUUUACGAACCAGUAUCAUGGCCCGCUUUGACGUUGUGAGUGCCGAUGCUCUGCUGAAAUUGUUCUUGAGCCGCAAGUACCCUGUGUCAGAGGUCUUGGAUCCAGACGUUUUGCUUGCUCUGGCGGUUGACAAGAUCAGUUACGAAAGCCGUUUCUACAAUUACUUACAGCUGCCGACCUUGCAUGUUUUGAGCCAACUUUGUACACUUUCGGGGGUAGACAACGUAAGAAACCGGGUGUAUGCUCUCCCCAAUGCACAGCGUGGUAUAGUGGCCUUGAUGGAUAAGCUACUGAACUUCCUUUCAGAACUGAACGACUGA